AUGCAGAUAAGAGCUGCACCGCUAUUGGUCAGUUCUUGGAAAGGCUGCUAUUGGCUGUGAUUGGGUGGCGCUUUUUCUGCCGUUUCUUACUUCCGGGUAAAUAGAAAGUUACCGACGCCUGUGAACGGUAGAGACAGAAUGGAGACUACUCCCAAUGUCACUCCCACUCGAUCAAGCACAAGAAAGAAGUCCUCCACUCCUCCACAUGCCGCAGCGACAAGCCCAAGCCCAGCCAAGAAGCUCAAAAAUAGUCCAAACAACUUGUCGUUUAAAGAGAAUUCUCCCAGCCCCCAGCAGAGAAGAAAAUCCUUAAGAAGAUCUGUUGGCAAAAAACAUCGUAGGACCUUGCCUCCAAUUUACCACAGUGCCACAGAGCUCAGUGAAGCCAUCAGUCUGGAAUUACCAGAAAGUGACCGCCUGUCUCAACUCCUGCUGUCCUGCUUUGAGUUCUCCCUUCACAAUUUGGAAAACUCUCUGUCCCAUUCAGACGGUUUCAGUGCAGAAUCGUUCCGUGUUAGCGCCAUGUCGGUGAAAGAGAAAUUUAAACGUUUCAUUGAACGAUUAUCCCGCGAUGGAACUUUUCAAAGAUGUACGGCGAAGCUGACCAGUUUCAUGGAAGAUGAAGAAUAUGAGAUUGCUCAGGCAGAAAUCAAAGACAAUAUCUCCAAGUUCACUACGGAGUCCAGUCGCUGGGAAGAGCUCCUUGAAGAUUACAAAGAGAAAACUGUUGUCUUAAGCAGGCAACUUGAAGAAAGCAAAGCCAAUAACCAUCCCCCACCCAGCGUCACUGAUGUGCCAUCUUCCCAAAAUCAAGUCCUCCAGAGCAAACCAGACUACAGCACUAUUUUACACCAGCAGGGGGCAGUAUUUGACUGCAUGGAAAUUGUGCUGGAUAACGUGCAGCAGUCAAUCAACUUGUUAAACUCCUUCCUGAAUGACAGCACCUCCCAUCUGCAGCAUUUGUCGACACAACUGAAAACCCAGUCUUUUAGACCAAUGGAAGAUUCGCCCGUCCGAACAUUCCUAAAAGUUUACAAAAAAUGAAGCGUGACCUGGAGAUCCGUAGUCAUCGUACAGGUGACAUGCUUGUAAGGCUGACGUUCUAUAGAAUUUCCGUUCAUUGUAUAUAGGGUCUGUAGGAUAAAGUAAAUUUAUUGUGAUUAAUGUUUGUAAUAAAUUUCAAACGU